CCUGCCCGCCCCUCCCCGGCACUGUGAUGCCGGGGGGCAGCUGCGGGCCCGGCGCGCCUGUCCCCGGCGUCCCCCCCCCCUCCCGGUGUGUCACAACGGCGGAGGCGGCUGUAUCUGGAGCAGUCGGGGCGGGCAGGCCCAGCUGAGAGGUGCGCGGGCGAGGACAGCUGCAGCGAUGCGGGAAUGCAUAUCAGUCCACGUGGGCCAAGCGGGAGUUCAGAUUGGCAAUGCCUGCUGGGAGCUCUUCUGCCUGGAACACGGCAUCCAGGCAGACGGCACUUUUGAUGCUCAAGCCAGCAAGAUCAACGAUGAUGACUCCUUCACCACCUUUUUCAGCGAGACUGGCAAUGGGAAGCAUGUGCCCCGGGCCGUCAUGAUAGAUCUGGAGCCUACUGUAGUGGAUGAGGUUCGGGCAGGAACCUACCGCCAGCUCUUCCAUCCAGAGCAGCUGAUCACAGGAAAGGAGGAUGCAGCCAACAACUAUGCCCGGGGCCACUACACGGUGGGCAAGGAGAGCAUUGACCUGGUGCUGGACCGCAUACGGAAGCUGACAGAUGCUUGCUCUGGCCUGCAGGGCUUCCUGAUUUUCCACAGUUUUGGUGGGGGCACUGGCUCCGGCUUCACUUCUCUGCUGAUGGAACGCCUCUCCCUGGAUUAUGGCAAGAAAUCCAAGCUGGAGUUUGCCAUCUACCCAGCCCCCCAGGUCUCUACUGCAGUCGUGGAGCCCUACAACUCCAUCCUGACCACCCACACCACACUGGAACAUUCAGAUUGUGCUUUCAUGGUGGACAACGAAGCCAUCUAUGACAUCUGCCGCAGGAACCUUGACAUUGAGCGCCCUACCUAUACCAACCUCAACCGCCUCAUCAGUCAGAUUGUGUCCUCAAUCACUGCUUCUCUCCGCUUUGAUGGGGCCCUCAAUGUGGACCUCACUGAGUUCCAGACCAACCUGGUGCCCUACCCCCGCAUCCACUUCCCGCUGGUCACCUACGCGCCCAUCAUCUCUGCCGAGAAAGCCUAUCACGAACAGCUGUCUGUGGCCGAGAUCACCAGCUCCUGCUUUGAGCCCAACAGCCAGAUGGUGAAGUGCGACCCGAGACAUGGCAAGUACAUGGCCUGCUGCAUGCUCUACCGGGGCGACGUGGUGCCCAAGGAUGUGAAUGUCGCUAUUGCUGCCAUCAAGACCAAGAGGACCAUCCAGUUUGUAGACUGGUGUCCCACAGGCUUCAAGGUGGGCAUCAACUACCAGCCCCCGACCGUGGUCCCCGGGGGAGACCUGGCCAAGGUGCAGCGGGCCGUCUGCAUGCUCAGCAACACCACAGCCAUCGCGGAGGCCUGGGCCCGCCUCGACCACAAGUUCGACCUCAUGUACGCCAAGCGGGCCUUUGUGCAUUGGUAUGUGGGAGAGGGGAUGGAAGAAGGAGAAUUUUCUGAGGCCAGGGAAGACUUAGCUGCCCUGGAGAAGGAUUAUGAAGAAGUGGGGACUGAUUCGUUUGAAGAAGAAAAUGAAGGGGAGGAAUUUUAAAUAUAUACCUUCCCCUUG